GGGGGGGCACGCGAACGGGGAUGACGACGCCCAGGCACGCGGCUGGUGGGACGAAACGUCGAAAGACGGACACGGGUGCAGCGGCGGCUGCGGUGGCAGCGGUUACCGAGCUGACGCCUUUGGCGGGCUUUCGCGCCCACUCUCAGGCGGUCACCGGGCUGGUGGGUCCGGGGGGGGUAGGGGGGCCGCAGACAGCAGCGGUGGUGGUACCUAGCAGCACAUUGUACAGCGCGUCGUUGGACCGUGCGGUGAAGACUUGGGACGCGGAGAGGCAGGACUGCCUACACACUCUCAACGCACCCAAGGCGGUCACGUGCCUUGGCUGUUCGGACAGCGGGAGGAUGCUGGCCACCGGCCAUCCGGAUGCACGAGUGCGCAUCUGGGACACUCGCACGCAGGGAGAGACACUCACCAGGGCCUCCCUGAGCUCCCACAAGCAGUGGGUCACGGACGUGAAGUGGGCUCCGGGUUCGGAAACUAUGGUGUUGAGCUGCGGCCACGACGGCGCGGUCAAGCUCUGGGACAUCCGCUCCACGCUGCCGCUGCACAGCGCCCAGGCGCACCAGGGGAAGGCCCUCUGCUGCGGCUGGCAGGACGGGAAGAUUGUCAGCGGGGGGGAAGACGGAGCGGUCAAGACUUAUGUCGUGCCGGAGAGGAAUAACGAUUGAUUGAUUUUGGUGUUGGCGUGACCAGCGGUUGUUUUAUCAGGACACUCGUUCCCGUGCUAUUUUUAUGUCCCUCGGUCUCGAAGCGUUCCCGAAUUUCACAGUAGUGUCAUUCUUUGAUUUUUUGCCGUGAGAGUGUCAAGAGAGGCUUGGAGGUGGGCAUUGGUGCUCCAACGUGAGCUGCUCUGUUUGGGCUUGUUCUGCCCUUGGGGGAGACUUUUAGUCCCCGUGCUUGCCUGGUAGUAGGAGUGUCGUCUAUGCUUUGUUAGUAAAUGUUUGCUGCAAGUCUGUGUUGUCCCGAUUCUCGCUCUCCCGCUUAGUUAUUCUCCCUGAUCGGUUGGAUUUGUUUGGCUGAAAGAACGGGGGACGAAGCGUUCUUUCCAGAUUGAUUGGCCAGAGCAACCGCGAUAUAGCCAUGUAUACAUCCCCGUGUUGCGGACGUGGUGAUGGCUCUCACAAAACAACGCUUGACUUGACUUGUGCCUAAGACAGGUAGCACAGGCCGGUUGGUUUCGGGUCGGGGUUGACGGAUGGGAGGGGCGCGUGCGGGGUUGCUGCGUGCCCGCUCACCACAUGCAAACAGCUCUCGGUUACGGCACGUACGUGCCUAUUGCACUUUUGAGCAACAAAGGUCAGGUUCGACCGUGAGCAAAGAAAUGGUCUUUACCCGUCUCUCACUGCGUGUUGUUUGAGCUCUUCAGCACAAGAUAAAGGUGGUUGUAUGCCCGGUUGCACGCGGCACUGCUUUCAACUGAUUGCCCACAAGGAGGUAGCAGUUUCGAGUCUUUUACACUUUUUGUGUUCGCGUGCUAUUCUAAGUCCAUGGUAUUGGGCGUUACCACCGAAAUAAAACUGGCCGUUUUUCAUUUAGAAAUUAUCAGCCCGUAGUCAGUAGCUAUGUACAGCAGUGAAGCACCGGUGUACUUAUCUUUCGGAGAAGUGAUUCCGCUUUUCGAGUGCCGGUGUUUGACUGGUUUGUCGACGAGAUUAAUCGGACAAUGUAGCGCUCGUCUCCUAGCACUAAAUCGCGCUGGUGGGGCCCUGUACCCGAUUUUGACCGUUUGUCGUGCCCUCUCGGCAUAUUUUUCGAUACACUGCUGCAGAACGAACCCACGGACCUACAAGGCCUCCAGCGACCCACCCCACAUCCUAUCCCCACCCCAGUCCGGCGGAAGAGAAGGGUAAAAAAUAGAUUGGAGAGGGGUAUAGCUUAGGUCUGUAUUGGUGCCCGUUAAAAAUGACCGAUUGCCCAUCCGUACAAGUAUAAGUACCUUUUUUUGCCCGACAAAGAUUCAAAGAUUCGUAGAGCCGACCUCAGUAGAAAUACGGGCGACAUGUGUACACUCACCUCCGACAAAGGUCCACGGUUGGACACGAUGAGCAUGACCCUCGGCUUGAUUAAUCGGCUGCUGCUGCAACCCUUCGGAGGUGAAUCUGCGCUGGUAACAUUGCGAUGCUGGUACCCCGUUGGUGCACGUACGAUAUCUCUGUCGCUCCUCCUUCCCGUGUGCAACUGCUGUCGUCGAGUAGAGUUGCUGCAUACUGCUGUAGUGUCGGGUAUUGGAAUGUAGAAUGAAGGCAAGCUCAUUACCUUCUGAAGACGCCUUGCCUCCCUAGAAUGGGGUCUACAGAGCUCGCUCGAUCGCGUCCAUCUAACUUUUGAUGGAGAGACCAGGCUUGACAAUAUGACACGAACCCGUCCCGCCAACCCGCUAUCAUGAUAUUAGUACAAAGGGGUACCUUAUUCCGCCGCGUUUGUCUAUUAUUGUCAAAUCCUCGCUGUACAUUGUACAAAGUGGAGAACGGCCAAGAAGCCAUCACGGCGGCCAUCCAGGAGUUUCUUGGGGCGAACAGGGACCCGACCGUAGUUCCAAAGCGACCAAAGCGAGGGGAGGAGGAUGGGGAUGAUAUGAGGGCGAUCUUGGCAACCUUGGAAUCGGGGGAUGGUCGGAAUGGCCCUCUCCCGGUGCUGCUCUUGAAGGUAUUGAAAGUUCUCCUGCGCAAACAAUCCAAUCGAGCAGCACUGGGCCGGCCGGCAGUCCAGACGUUGACCACUCUGAUGAGCUCGGAUAGCAUGGACACGGUAUCGUGCGAGUGUGCGAAUGUGGUGUUAAAUAUGUGCUACGACGCCGGGAAUGUGCAACACUUCUUGGAGGUCAGGCAUUCCGUCAGAAAAAAAAGGGGGGCGUCGACUGUUCCGUUCUCUGUUUGUGUUUUUCCCACUUCACCAUGGAGGUAUCGUGCACAUGACAAUGCAAUGCAUUCGUUUUUUACGACGCGUUGCUUGCAAGGAAGUACGAACUACAUGCUAAGUAGAACACUAGGAGUGCGUACACCAGAAAGCGUCCAAAACAACCAGAUGGUCAAAAGGUUUCUCCCAGUGGUUGGCGAUUAGGACAAUGACGAACGACUCGUUUUUGACGGUAUUGAUUGCUCCCUCGUACAACGCUACGUACUUUUUCCGAGUCGAUGCUCAUUUUCUGUGGUGGCGUGGGAAACAACGCCCUCAAGAGUUGAACAAUGGCCUAUAACAUCUCGUCGUCCCCCGCGCAUCUAACCUGACAUACAUGCCGAAUCAACGCAUGCGGCACCAUCACCGUACUCGAACCAAAAUGUGGCAACCGUCGACCUCAAUUCCCCGACGUGGGGGUUUGGUGUAGAGCUUGACAUGCCAAUAUGUAGCGGUCACCGGUUUUUCUUCUAUCACCUUCCUUGCUCUUUCACGAGAGGAGUGCGUGCUGCAUCUUCUUCCGUACAACCCCCUCCUCCGUUGAUCGUCACUGUAUAGGUAGGUGGUGUUGAGGCGCUUGGGCCCCUGGUACUUUCUGGCAACGAGCACUUGAAGGCCAGCGGGCUGGGAGCGCUGCAGAGCGUGUGCUUCGACAAGCCCGGCAGGGACGCCACAAGAGGCAGAUAGCGGUUUAAUCGGCGCGGUGGUGAGACUGCUGGAAGACGAUAGCCCCAAAGUACGAGCGAGGGCGCUGGGCACGGUACACAACCUCAGCACCGACGCCCGAAGCAUCGGGAUCAUUCGAGAAGAGGGGGGCUUGCCGCGGUUGGUGCGGCUCCUUCGGUCUCACGAGGCACACGUAUGCGGAGGCGCGGCGGGAACGAUACAGAACCUCUCGCGCGAGGAGAAGAGUCGCGCCCUGCUGCUCGAGAGCUUUGGAGCCGUGGAGCCCCUGGCUGAUUUGCUGGUCGGGCGACACGUCAAGAGCCAGAUCUCCGCGGCGGGAGCCCUAGUCAAUAUUGUUGGCCCGGACGCGAGAGGAAGCAAGCGGCAGCUGCUUCACGACGUGGUGACGGACGGUAUCGUCCUCGGGGUGAUCGAGAGCUGCAUGGUUUAACCCCUGUAGACUACAAUGAGAUCAAGCUGUUUUCUGUUCGGUUAUUUUCCAGAAGGC